AUGCCCAUCCCCAUUCCCCGAUCCGUAUUUUUCCCAUUUCUACCUCUCCCUCGCCCCUCCUUCCCCCAUCCCUGCUCCCCCGUCCCUCCAUCCCCCGUCCCUCCGUCCCCCGUCCCUCCAUCCCCCGUCCCUCCGUCCCCCGUCCCUCCGUCCCCCGUCCCUCCGUCCCCCGUCCCUCCAUCCCCCGUCCCUCCAUCCCCCGUCCCUCCAUCCCCCGUCCCUCCAUCCCCCGUCCCUCCAUCCCCCGUCCCUCCAUCCCCCGUCCCUCCAUCCCCCGUCCCUCCAUCCCCCGUCCCUCCAUCCCCCGUCCCUCCAUCCCCCGUCCCUCCAUCCCCCGUCCCUCCAUCCCCCGUCCCUCCAUCCCCCGUCCCUCCAUCCCCCGUCCCUCCAUCCCCCGUCCCUCCAUCCCCCGUCCCUCGGCCCCCCUCACUGCCCAUUUCCCCUUUCCCCAAUACCUCCCCAUUUCCCCAUAUCCCAUCCACUCCCGAUUUCCCCUUACCUCCAUCCCUCCCCAUUUCCACAAUUCCCAGUGACUCAUCAUAUCCCUUUUCCUCCCCAUCUCGGCAUCCCUCUGCCACUCCCCAUUUAUCCAACCCUCUGUCCUUCCCCAUUUCCUCGUUUCGCAGUCACUCCUCAUAUCCCGUUUCGCCCAGUCCCUCCCCAUUUCCCCGUUCUCCAGUCACUCCCCAUUUCCCCUUUUCACAGUCAGUACCCAUUUCCCCUUCCCUCAAUGCCUCCCUUUCCAUAUCCCUGUUUCUCACUCCCCUUUUCCCCCUCCAUCUGGUCCCUCCCCAAUUCGCCUUCCCUCUGUCCCUCCCCAAUCCGCCUUCCCUCUGUCCCUCCCCAAUUCGCCUUCCCUCUGUCCCUCCCCAAUUCGCCUUCCCUCUGUCCCUUCCCAAUUCGCCUUCCCUCUGUCCCUCCCCAAUUCGCCUUCCCUCUGUCCCUCCCCAAUUCGCCUUCCCUCUGUCCCUCCCCAAUUCGCCUUCCCUCUGUCCCUCCCCAAUUCGCCUUCCCUCUGUCCCUCCCCAAUUCGCCUUCCCUCUGUCCCUCCCCAAUUCACCUUCCCUCUGUCCCUCCCCAAUUCGCCUUCCCUCUGUCCCUUCCCAAUUCGCCUUCCCUCUGUCCCUCCCAGCGUUCCAUCCAGUCACGCCUGCAGCGCCCCCGCUGACUUAG